GGAAAGGGUGGCAAGGGUCUUGGAAAGGGUGGUGCCAAGCGUCACCGCAAGAUCUUGCGCGACAACAUCCAGGGUAUCACCAAGCCCGCUAUCCGCCGUCUCGCUCGUCGUGGUGGUGUCAAGCGUAUCUCUGCCAUGAUCUACGAAGAGACCCGUGGUGUCCUCAAGACCUUCCUCGAGGGUGUUAUCCGUGACGCUGUUACCUACACCGAGCACGCAAAGCGCAAGACCGUCACCUCCCUUGACGUUGUCUACGCCCUCAAGCGCCAGGGCAGAACCCUCUACGGUUUCGGUGGU